AUGGCGCCUCCCGUCACGAUCCGCAACAUCAGCAACAAUCCGCUAACCCUCGUACUGGUCGAGCAUUUCGACCCUCCUCCAGAUGAAGGGUUCCAGAUGCAAACUGUGACGACGUCAUUGGCCAACAUCACCAAUGGCCUGGGCCUGACCAACACCACCACCCGCAAAGCGGUACCUCAGAUCCACGCGGACGCGAAACCAUUUGCGACCAGAGAGGUGUCGAUCAAGCUGCCGCCGUUUACCAUCGUGCCUACAGACAUCAAGGCCGUCAUCAACAAGCCCAACGAAAGGCUCAGAUUGACGUUCCAGACGGAGAUGGGAGGCAAGCACCAGAUGUACUGCCCGGUACCGACCGAGGAGACGGCCUCGCUGGUCGCGCUCGCGCCGAAUCCGAAGCUACGCUUCACUGGCAUUUAUCUACCUAAUUCAUCGUUCGUGGCCCUGUUCAACACGUCGCACCUGGACUCGUGGAUGAAGGAUCUUCCCGACCGGACGCCGCUCGGCCUGCUCUCCAUCCCAGGCACUCACAACUCGCCGACCCAUCACCAAGCACCCCCAUCCGUGCGCUGCCAAGCUGUAUCCCCGAAAGAGCAACUGAAGAAUGGCGUGCGCUUCUUCGACAUCCGGGUGCAGGUUCCAGAGCCUUACGAUCCACACUCGGACAAGCUUGUGCUCGUACACGCCGUCUUCCCCAUCGCCCUCACCGGCAAUAAAUACUUUCGCGAUCUUUAUAACACCAUUGUCGAGUUCCUGAAGGAACAUCCCAGUGAAACCCUCAUUCUGUCGCUGAAGCGCGAAGGCACGGGCAAAGGCACCGACGAGCAGUUGUCCCGCAUCCUAAAGAACAACUACACGAACCUGCAACAAUGGUACACCGAGCCACGCGUGCCGACUCUGGGCGAAGUGCGCGGCAGGAUCGUCCUUCUCCGUCGGUUCAUGCUCGAAGAACCGCUCAAGCACGAAUGGAACGGCAAAGGCUGGGGCAUCGAUGGCCAUGUCUGGGAAGACAACACCUCGGGCGGCUCGCCCGGCUCGCUGUGCCCCUCGGGCGACAUCUGCGUGCAGGACUUUUACCAAGUCAUGGAGAAGCCGUCGAUUGAGAAAAAGAUCGCGUACGCCCAAGAACAUCUCGAGCGAAGCGGAUGUUGCGCUUUUAGGGGCCAGAACGUCGGCAGCAAGAAGAUCCCCUUGUAUGUGAAUUUUUUGAGCGCGAGCAACUUUUGGAAUGUCGGCUGUUGGCCCGAAAAGAUUGCCGCUGAGGUCAAUCCGGCGAUUGUGGCCCACCUGUGUCAGAGACAUAUGAUAGGCGAGCACGGCAAAGUAAAGGAUGGCGAUUGGAGUACGGGGAUUGUGGUGACCGACUGGGUCGGAUUGGGCGGCGAUUGGGAUCUUGUGCGGUGCAUUGUGGGCAUGAACGCAAAACUGAUCGGGAAUUAG